AAGCGGGCUCAGGCUGCGGGGUUUGAUCUGCUGGGGAAACGCUCUCUCGGGCUGUUUACAGUAACCGGGGCGUUUUCACUGCUUCACAGACUCACAGACUGCCGCUGCGGCUCUAUCAGGACUAUCUUCUCCAGCAUGGCCUCCCGAACCACCCGCCAGUCCUCCUCCUACACCAGGAUGUUCGGAGCGGAGCGCCCGGGAACGGCUGGCUCCAGCUACUCCAUUGCGCGCUACUCCAGCCCAGUGCGCUCCACCCGGAUGACCUACAGCGCCUCCUCCGCGCCUGCCAUCGUCUCCGUCAGCAGGAGCAGCAGGCUCCGCAGCGCGCCCUCUCCGCGGCUCGGCUCCGGCACGCUGGACUUCGCGCUGUCCGACGCCAUCAACACCGAGUUCAAGGCCAACCGCACCAACGAGAAGGCCGAGAUGCAGCACCUGAACGACCGCUUCGCCAGCUACAUCGAGAAGGUGCGCUUCCUGGAGCAGCAGAACAAGAGCCUGAGCGCGGAGCUGGAGCUACUGAGGGGAAAGGGCACCUCCCGGGUGGGAGAUCUGUACGAGGAGGAGAUGAGGGAGCUGCGCCUGCAGGUCGACCAGCUGAUCGGGGACAAGGCCAGGGUGGAGGUGGAGAGAGAUAACCUGGGGGAGGACAUCCAGCGCCUCAGAGAGAAGCUUCAGGAAGAGAUCAUUCAAAGGGAAGAUGCUGAAAAUAACCUCCAUGGCUUCAGGCAGGAUGUCGAUAAUGCUUCCCUGGCUCGUCUAGACCUGGAGCGCAAGCUGGAGUCUCUGCAGGAGGAGAUCAUUUUCCUCAAGAAGCUUCAUGAUGAGGAGAUUGCUGAGCUCCAGGCGCAGAUACAUGACCAGCACGUGCAGAUUGAUAUGGACGUGGCCAAGCCUGAUCUGACCGCUGCCCUGAGGGAUGUCCGCUCGCAGUAUGAGACUCUGGCCACCAAGAACAUCCAGGAGGCGGAGGAUUGGUACAAAUCCAAGUUUACUGAUUUGUCAGACGCUGCUGCCCGCAGCAGUGAAGCUAUCCGCCUGGCCAAGCAGGAUGCAAACGAGUACCGCCGCCAGGUACACGCUCUGACCUGUGAGGUGGAUGCUCUUAAGGGCACUAACGAAUCCCUGGAGCGCCAGAUGAGAGAACUGGAGGACAGCUUUGGCAUGGAGUCAUCUGGAUACCAGGACACCAUUGUCCGCCUGGAGGACGAUAUCCGUAACAUGAAGGACGAGAUGGCUCGGCACCUGCGCGAGUACCAGGACCUGCUCAAUGUCAAAAUGGCCCUGGAUAUUGAGAUCGCCACCUAUAGGAAACUACUGGAAGGAGAAGAGAGCAGGAUCAUCACGCCCAUGCCUAACAUCUCUUCUAUUAAUAUGAGAGAAACCAUGCUAGACUCCAGACCAAUGAUCGAAAACCUUACAAAGAAGGUGGUGAUUAAGACUAUAGAAACAAGAGAUGGGCACGUAAUUAAUGAGUCCACUAAGCAUCAUGAUGAUCUGGAAUGAACCGCAUGUGAAUCUGUAAAGAACAGGACAGUUAUAGAGCACUGAGGGGGAGUGCACUGUAGCCGGAUGCCAUAUAGAAUGUGGAGUUUUUCUGUUGUUUCCGUGAGAGUUAAACAAACAAACAAUUAAAAACAGCUUUAAAGUGCCUUUUGCGAUAAUAGAAAGAAAGAUCUGCAGACUGAGUUGUGUUUCUGCAAACUGUAGGCCAGUGAGAAAACCAGCUUUACCAGUAUUCCUGUUUACCACAUAGUUUACACUGUACAAGCAAGACCACAGCAAUAAUCUGAGUGACUACUUUUCUGGUUUGUAUUUGUUAUUGAAAAUUGACCAAAGUCUAGGAGAAUGAACUGAUGACUUGUGUACACAAUAAAACAUCAAACUGUCACCGCUUUCACUAAGGCAAUAAAUCUUUCCAAAACGAAA